CAACAGGACAUUACCAUACAAUGCUCUUGUCUUUUUGUUUUGCGUAAUACUUUAGCGUGAAGCCAGGUAUUUAUAGUCACCGACAGGUGAAGGAGAUGAAAGACUUGCUAACUGUGCAGCUGGAUCACUGUUUUUUUUAACUCACUAUUUGUCCUCACAAACUUCCAAGGCUUUACUGUGAGAGUUGGAAAACUGUCCUGUGAAAUUCCAGAUCAGAGGUGAAGACUCCAAUAGAUUCUGCCACGGAAAUUAUCUAAUUUCUGUGGUGAGAGGAAGCAGCCGAGCUGUUGAUCAGGUGUCUGGGCAGAUUCCUCCUCACUGGGUGCUAUGCGAGGCCAGCGUGUCCAGGAGUGCGAGCGCAGGCGUUGGAGGUUGGGCGCCAGGGUGCUGCUCUCGCUGCUCAGCUGCUUGCUCCUACUGUCCAUCACCAUCCUGCUGCAGUUCGAGGAUGUCAAAGUGACAAGAAGAUCGACAUCUACCAACAGCACCGCAACAAUGCCCAUGCAAUCUCAAGUGCGCCUAAUGAACGGGCGGAACCGCUGUGAGGGCCGUGUGGAGGUCGAGUACAACGAUACGUGGGGCACGGUGUGCGACGAUGACUGGGACAUGGUGGACGCCAACGUGGUGUGUCGGCAGCUGGAGUGCGGGCUGGCAGUGGCCGUGGGCAGCAGCUCGCGCUUCGGCCAGGGCGCUGGGCCCAUCCUGCUGGACAACGUGGACUGCAAGGGUGGCGAGACCGACCUGGCGCAGUGCGGCAGCCUGGGAUGGGGGAUCCACAACUGCUACCACUACGAGGAUGUGGCCGUCACCUGCAAAGGCACGGCCAUGCAGGAGUCUCGCGGAGUACUCUUGGAGGCGACCACCCCGUCACGCCGCAACGUUGGCUUACGAGAUGGUACCAUCCGUCUGGUCGGAGGAGCGAACCACUGCCAGGGAAGGGUGGAGAUCUAUUACCAAGGCAACUGGGGGACGGUCUGUGAUGAUGACUGGAGCUUGAAAGACUCCAGCGUGGUGUGUCAGCAGAUUGGAUGUGGCCAGGCAAUCGCAGCUCAGACCAAUGCCUACUUUGGAUACGGCACCGGCCUCAUUCUGCUGGACAAUGUCAACUGCAAUGGCUACGAGAGCCACCUGGCUACUUGCUACAGCCUGGGCUGGGGGAUCCAUAACUGUGGCCAUCAUGAGGAUGCGGGAGUCGUAUGCGAAGGAUCGGGGUCCACUACCACUGUGCCAACUGUGAACACAGACACAAUGCUCAGAAUAUUACUUCCUAACGGGACAACUCCAGUCAUAGAUACAGAUACAGAAUCAACAUCAACAACAACAACAUCGCCCACUACAACUACUACGACAACAACCGUAAGCACAACAGCUAAACCGAUGCCCACCAUCCGCGUGGUGAACGGCAACAGCAGCUGCCGGGGCCGCGUGGAAGUGUUCCACAGCAACGUGUGGGGGACAGUGUGCGACGACGACUGGGACAUGGACAAUGCCCAGGUGGUGUGCCGGCAGCUGGGCUGCGGCCCGGCCAUCGCCGCCAAGCAGCUGGCCUACUUCGGCUACGGCUCGGGCCCCAUCAUGCUGGACAAUGUGGACUGCCAGGGCAACGAGCGCAAACUGACCGACUGCUUCAACCUGGGCUGGUUCCAGCACAACUGUGGCCACCACGAGGACGCUGGCGUCAUCUGCUCACCAUUCACUGAGUUCUUUGGGAAUGCGAGAGACUUUGGCAUGACCCUCAAAAUGCCCACAGCCUCUGCUCCGGCUCCGAUGCCCACCACCACCCCUCCACAGGGUACGAUACGGCUUGUCCAAGGCCAGCACCAGUGUGAGGGCCGCGUAGAGCUCUUCUCACAGGGCUCAUGGGGAACAGUAUGUGACGACGCGUGGGACCUCCCGGACGCUCAGGUGGUAUGCAGACAGGUGGGCUGUGGCCAGGCAACAGCGGCCAGGGGCCAGGCCUUCUUCGGCCCGGGCACCGGCAUCAUCGUCAUGGACAAUCUCAAGUGCACGGGCGCGGAGGCCACCCUCAACGACUGCUCCCAUAUAGCGUGGAACGUCCACAACUGCGACCACUCGGAGGACGCAGGCGUCACUUGCUCACUGUCGUGAUCGCGCCCCUGGCAAAGCGCAGCGGGCAACGGUCGAGUGGGUAGUGGGGGGAGAGAUUCUGACACCUGGACUUGUAUACAAUUUGUAAAUAAUAAGUUCACCCUGAUCCUCAAGGAGAAAGAAAUGACCAAACAAUUCAACAACAAAAACCAAACAAGCAAAAACAACUUAUAUGACUAAAUAUGA